CAUUCGCGCACCCCGAGCCGGGGCAGCCAGCGGGUUGAGUGCAUCAUCUGCUAUUCCUCCUACGACCUGUGUGGCCGGCUCCCGCGCCGGCUCUACUGCGGCCAUACCUUCUGCCAAGCCUGCCUGAAACACCUCGACGCUGUCGCCAAUGAGCAGCGCUGGAUCCCCUGCCCGCAGUGCCGCCAAAAUACGCCCACGCCGCGCGGCGGUGUCGCCAUGCUCGACCUUGACCUGGCCACCUUCCUCGCCGUCAAGGCUGACAAGGAGCACCCUCGGCUAGCUACGGGGGUCCUGGGUCCAUACAGCCCCCUGUACAUGGCUG